AAACUUAUUAAAUAGAAAUGGAUGAUUCGUUGGAGCUGGACGAUGAAUUGAAUCGAAGCAACUCUAAUAUUGGAACAGAUGAUGUGGAGGAGACUGAAGAAGACAAUAAUGACCCUCCGUAUCAUGAAGAAGGCGCGGAACUAAGUGGUGCAGAGGUAGGAGAUGAAGAUGUUUCUGAAUCCGCCGCCUCCACACCAUCCAAAAGCUCGAGCGGCAAAGCAAGUGGCAAGAAGAGGAAAUCUAUUCCGUCUAGUAAAAGAGUUACCAAGCCAAAAAAACGGAGGAAGAAGGCUGGCGAUAAAUACGAUGAGAGCAUGGACGACGCAUUGCUGGAGGCGCAUUUGGACGAGAGUCUAUAUGAAGAAGCGCUCAUGGCCGCAGAGGUGCCGGCAUCUCUGGCUGCGAAAAAGAAAAAAAAAUCUGUGAAUGACUUGACCUCUGAAUGGGGACUGACACACAACAUCGAAAUGGAGUACACGGAGUCAGAUUACGAAGACUGUGUAGAUCACAAAUCUUACUCAAAUAAAAUCAAACCUAUUUUGACCGAAGACUACCCAGAUCUGACCCCAAGUCAAGUGACUGCACUGCUCAAGGCCUUCUGGCACGAUUUCAAGGAAAAGAAUCCUAAGCUACAAGCCAAAAAAGACAAGCCUACGACGAGCACCAAUAGGUCUGCGUCGCCUGUGGCAACAGAGAAGAAAGUGAAGCCCCUCAAGAUCAGGCUUAGUGGGCCACAGUUUGGAGUGCACCCAGUUCCAAGCGAAGACGAAUCAAACGAUGCUCCUUAUGUUGUGGGUACAAGCGGCGAUCUUGAUGCGGUCUCCCUUGACGGGUCAAAAGUUGAUUCGAAGUCGCCGAACGAUGACGCGGCAGCUGAACCACUUAAAAAGGCUAAGACGAAAACUGGACUGGGUCAAGGCAAGGUGAGACGCAAGCGAAAGCCUCAAGUUGUGACGGGAACUAACUUGGGAACCACAUCAGCCGAGGGAAUCAUUAGGACUGGAAAAUGGAAGAAAGGAAGCGGAGAGGAGGCCGAAUAUGAUACGAAUCAUCAGGACUUCUGCGAGGAAUGUCACGCUGGAGGUGACAUUCUUCUAUGUGACAACUGUCCAAAAGCGUACCAUCUGGUAUGCCUGGACCCACCUCUGGAAAAACCGCCGGAAGGGGCAUGGCUGUGUCCCAAUUGCCCGAAAGAUAUAGAUAGAGGAGCAAGUGGGUCCACAGAACCCCCUGCAGUUGAAGAAGCCUAUAUAAGUGAAGAGGACGAGCACCAGGAGUACUGUAAAGCAUGCAGACAAGGAGGCCAGCUGCUUUGCUGUGCCAUGUGUCCCUCCACAUACCAUUUGGGAUGUCUGAACCCUCCCUUAUUGGAAAUACCAGAUGGUGUAUGGGUCUGUCCGCGUUGCUCCGUGGGUGAGUUGAAGAAGAAGGCGACAAAGAUUCUGUUCUGGCGGUGGGUGAGGCCCUCGGAGGCGGAGUUAGUGGCGGUGGAGGGGAGGAAGACUGGGAACAUGAAGCCCUGGAGGGAGUUCCUCUGCAAGUGGGAAUACCUGUCCUAUUGGAAGUGCCAGUGGGUCACCGAGACACAGCUGGAGAUCAGCCAGCCGGGAAUGCUGAGGAGCUACAUGAAGAAGAUGGGAGACAUGGAAGAGCCCCCUCCGAUCGAGGACGGCAGCUCCUUCGGCAAGAAGCGAGGGGGCAAGGACAGUGCUCACAAGGUCAAUGCGGAGCUGGAGGAAAAGUACUACCGUUAUGGGAUCAAACCGGAGUGGCUGCAGAUACACAGAGUCAUCAAUCACUGGGACCCCGAUCGUAACAAGAGGUACUACCUAGUGAAAUGGCGAGAUCUCUCGCACACAGAAUGCUCGUGGGAGGCUGAGAACGAGUGCCAAGCCACUGACUUUGACAAGUUCAUCCUGCAGUACUGGCACAACAGAGACGUCAUGAUGGACAUCCAUUAUCUGAAGCUGGAGAAGAAGGGACUUCUCAUAGGAGACAAGCUGAAGAAGAAGAAAAAGCUGAGAGCAGAGUCGAAAGUAGAGGACAGGCUGGCCAAGAAAGUCGAUCUGAGGGUGAAGUACGAGAAACAGCCGGACUAUCUGGACACGACUGGCGGCAACCUGCACGAGUACCAGUUGGAAGGACUGAACUGGCUGCGCUUCUCCUACUCACAGGGAACUGACACUAUCCUGGCUGACGAGAUGGGACUGGGAAAGACUAUCCAGACCAUCUCUUUUCUCUACUCCCUGUACAAAGAGGGUCAUAGCAAUGGACCAUUUCUGGUGGCGGCCCCCCUUUCCACAAUCAUCAAUUGGGAGCGAGAGUUUGAGUUCUGGGCGCCGGAGUUUUAUGUCAUCACCUAUGUGGGAGGCAAGGAUGCCAGGGCAAUUAUCAGAGACAAUGAACUGACCCUUGAUGAGGACAAAGUUAACAAGCAACAGCUUCGAAUCAAGGAGGGCUCAACUCUGCAAUUUCAUGUGCUUCUGACGUCAUAUGAGUUGAUUAGUGUCGACUGCACUACCCUACAAUCAAUCGACUGGUCUGUUCUGGUAGUGGAUGAAGCUCACAGACUCAAAAACAGCCAAUCAAAGUUUUUCCGAGUCUUGGAUUCAUACAAAAUCGACUAUCGACUGCUGCUAACUGGAACUCCGUUGCAGAACAAUCUAGAAGAAUUGUACCAUCUGCUCAAUUUCUUAUCUAGAGACAAGUUCGGAUCCAUCCAGGAGUUCCUGGAACUAUUUUCGGACAUCAGUAAAGAGGAGCAAGUGAAGAAGCUUCACGAUCUGUUAGCCAGUCACAUGCUACGAAGACUCAAACAAGACGUACUGAAAGAUCUCCCGAGCAAGAGUGAGUUCAUUGUGCGCGUAGAUCUAGCUCCUAUGCAAAAGAAGUAUUACAGACACAUUUUGACCAGGAAUUUUGAGGCGCUGAACUCGAAAGGAGGCGGAGCUAAUGUAUCGUUGUUGAACAUAAUGAUGGAACUGAAAAAGUGUGCUAACCACCCCUAUUUGUUCAACACGGCUUACGAAGAGGCGCCCAAAAAACCAAACGGAGUGCCAGAAGGCAAUGCGCUGAUCAAAAGUUGUGGGAAGCUAGUUCUUCUGGAGAAGAUGUUGAAGCACCUCAAAGAAACAGGACACCGAGUGCUCAUUUUCUCCCAGAUGACAAAAGUCCUAGACAUUUUGGAAGACUUUUUGGAGUACUUGAAGUACAAGUACGAGCGAGUGGACGGGGCCAUCACAGGCCAGGUGCGACAGGAGGCAAUUGACAGAUUCAACUCCCCCAAUGCGGAACAAUUCGUGUUUCUGCUCUCUACUAGGGCUGGCGGACUGGGAAUCAAUCUGGCAACUGCUGACACUGUUGUCAUUUAUGACAGUGACUGGAAUCCACACAACGACAUCCAGGCGUUGAGUCGAGCUCAUAGAAUUGGACAGGCGAACAAGGUGAUGAUCUACCGCUUUGUCACUCGUAACACAGUCGAGGAAAGAAUCACACAGGUGGCCAAGAAGAAGAUGAUGCUCACCCAUUUAGUGGUCAGACCUGGCAUGCAUAACAAGGGCGCAGCGGGAGGAGGGGCCAACAUGAGCAAACAGGAAUUGGACGACAUUCUCAAGUUCGGAACGGAGGAUUUGUUCAAGGACGACGACGCUAGCACAAGUGAAGCAGGCCAAGAUGGUAAUAAGGAGGACGCGAUUGUGUAUGAUGACGAGACAGUGCGUAAUCUGCUGGACAGGAGUCAGGAGGGCAUAGAGGAGAAGAACAAACUGUUGGACGACUACUUGUCCUCUUUCAAGGUCGCGUCCUACAUCGUCAAGGAGGUCCAACAAGAGGAGGAGGAAGAGGACGAGGUGGACACAGAGGUAAUCAAGCAAGAAGAGGCCACUCCGACCACGGAUCCAGAGUACUGGGAGAAGCUGCUGAGACACCACUACGAACAGGAGCAGGAGAACCAGACCAGAGCACUGGGCAAGGGCAAAAGGGUGCGCAAACAGGUCAAUUACUACACCGACCAGAUACCCAUCUCCACCAGACCAGAGGAGGAUGUGGAGUGGGGUCAAGAUGCUGAUGAUUAUGACUCAGACUUCUCGGGAGAGGGCCACGAAGGAGGAGAGGAGGGCGACAACGAGUUCAACACGGGCGACGGAGUCACGGGAGAGAGACGCCGAAAGAGGAACCGAGAUGUACUCCCUCCUCUACUCGCCAAGGUCAACGGAGCCAUCGAGGUGUUUGGCUUCAACACUCGGCAGCGCAAGUCGUUCUACAAUGCAGUGUUGCGAUGGGGCAUGCCUCCUGCUGAGAUGGGUCUCCACUCCACUUGGAUGGUGAGGGACCUCAGGGGCAAGUCGGAGAAGGAGUUCAAGGCCUACUCUUCUAUGUUUUUGCGUCACUUGUGUGAGCCGGCGGCCGACAACGCCGAGACGUACGCUGAUGGGGUGCCUCGCGAAGGUGUGCAGAGACAGCCAGUGUUGACACGAAUCGGAGUCAUGAGUCUCAUUCGGAAGAAAGUGUUCGAGUUUGAGCACGUGAACGGAAGAAUCAGCAUGCCAGAUCUGAUGCCAAAUCUGGAGGAGUUGACUUACCAAAACCCGCCGUCCGCAGCCAGCAGUGGCCCUCAGACCCCAGGGAAGCAAAGCAAAAGUAACUCGAACAAGUCCUCUAGAGCGUCGACGCCUCUACCGACUGAAAAAAUAAACCCGGCGUCUGCAUCGGUUUCAGCCGCAGCUUCAAGUGCUAAUGUAGACUCGCCCGCUCCUGCUGUUAAAUCAGAAGAGUGUGGAAAAAGUGAUAAGGAAACUGCUAGUAACGAAUCAAGUGAUAAAAUCGAAGUGGAACAAGUCGAAAUUUCGGUCAAAAACGAAGAAGUUUCAAAAUCUGGACAGAAAAAGGAAGAUGCUGAGAAUACCGAAGCAAAAGAAGGAAAGGAAGAAAAUAAUGAGCAGAAACAGAAAGAAAAAGAGAGUGAGUUGAAACAAGACGAAGUGCAAUCGAAGGAGAAGGAGAAAGAGGAAGUUAGUGAGACUAGUUCUUCAGCGGUUGACUCUUCCGGUGGGGAACCAGUGAAACCGACCGAGACAGCAGCUAAAAAUGUGGAAGAGAAGAUGGAAGAGUCCAAAAAGCCAGAAGAAGCCAAGCCAGCAGGCAAGCGUCGCUUCAUGUUCAACAUAGCAGACGGCGGCUUCACAGAACUGCACACUUUGUGGAUCAAUGAAGAGCGCGCAAUCAAAGCAAAUCCACAGAAGGAGGCAGAGAUCUGGCAUCGAAGGCACGACUAUUGGCUAUUGUGUGGUAUUGAGCAGUAUGGAUAUGGGAGGUACCAGGACAUCCAGCAGGACAUACAGUACUACAUUAUCAAUGAGCCAUUCAAGGCAGAUGCAGGAAAAGCCAACUUUAUGGACAUCAAGAAUAGAUUCAUUUCGAAGAGAUUCAAGCUUCUGGAGCAAGCUCUUGUAAUUGAAGAGCAGCUGAGACGUGCGGCGUAUUUGCAACUGACACGCGAAGAGAACCAGGCUCAUAAUUCUAUUCAGGCACUGAAUGCACGCUUCUCAGAACUAGAAUCCCUUGCGGACAGUCACCAGCAUUUAAGCAAAGAGUCUCUGUCUGGAAACAAGUCAGCCAAUGCUGUGCUUCACAAAGUGCUGCUUCAGUUGGACGAGCUCCUAAGCGACAUGCGACAAGAUGCAAUGAAGCUGCCACAGACUCUGAGUAAAAUAACUCCAGUAACUCAAAGGUUGCAGUUAUCCGAGAGAUCAAUUCUGUCUCGCCUGUUGCAGUAUAAGCCAUCCACUUCAGCACAAGCCAGCGAUGCUGGGAACUCAAGUGUCGAGGUUCUCUCUGCAGAUAUCCAAGAAAUCAAACCGCAGAAAAUCGAACCUCCAAAGAGUGAAGACUAUUUGAACAGCGAGGGCUAUGAAGGGCCCUUCUUUGCACCAAUCGGAGCAGUCCCUUACAAACCCACACCAGGUGCUUCGGGCAGCACCUCUAAUAUUCCAAGUGUAACCUCUGGGGUUCCAUCUGUCACCAAACCGAAUCAGUCUUAGACGCAGUCUUGCCAGUUGAACAAUUUCCAUCUCGAUUUCAAAGCACUCCAGAUAAUUGCUGCAUUUGGAGCGGUUAACUCAAGGUCGGGAAGCUCCUUUUAGAGACUUUAUUGCAAAUGCAAUCAGCAGUUUAAACUAUGUUGUUCAGAAACAUGUUUUCUUUGUACGUUUUGAUGUAAUUCAUGCAGUUGAUAGUGACGAUGAUGAUUGUGAAUUGAGGAACCGUGAUGAUAAGCCGAACCGAUGCGGCAAUUAGUUUUUAUGCAGCUAUUAUUUGUUCUGUAAUUUUUAGCCAAUUAUGUAAAAGUUCCACUUUUACUAUCCCCCAUUUGUUCUUUGCUUAGCUCGAUUUAACAUCUAAGUGGAACCUCUCUGUAUUGUAGUGAUUUGUUUUGUCUGUCGUUUAAGUUAGCUAUGAAUGUGAUUUUAUAUUAUAUCAAAUUUAAAUAGAUGUUUUCCCAAUA